CAGACAGAAGUCGAUUUUCCUCUUUGAUGCUUUUCUGUCUGCUUCGUCACAGGUCAUUACUUUUUUGUGACUGGGAACUAAACUGGAAUCCCAGCAAGGCUGUUUUCAGGGAGGUUUUGCUUUUGGAAGAUCUGAUUUGCAUUAUCUUCUGUGCAGAGAUAGAUGGUAAGCUGGUACAGGAGGAGACGUCUUCCCUCAGGGCCUGCUAACCAGCUACCUGGGUGAGGCCUCGCCCAUGAACUUGUUUGCUUGCAUGUGGAGUAAUCCACGACUUUGGAAUGGGAGCCUGGCCCCUUCCCCACUUCCUGUGAUCACGCCGGCAGCCGAGGUCUCUGUGGGGAUGCCGAUACACCACCAGAAAGCAGACUCUUCGGAGAUGGACUCUGACUUGUCACCCAGCUGCGGGCUCAGCGACCUGAGCAGAGGGGGCAGUUUGGAGAGCCGAAGUAGCAGUUCGCGCUCCAGAAGUUUCACUUUGGGUGAUGAGAGCCUGAAGUACCUCACCCACGAGGAAAAGGACGUCAUCCUGUUUUUUGAAGAGACCAUUGAUUCCCUGGAAGAUGACUUUGAGGAACCAGACCUGUGUGACAGCGGUGUGCACUGCCACUCUCUGCGGUCUCUGGAAGAGGGCACUUCCAGUCACUCCGAGCCAGAAGAUGUCAUCGAUUUAGUGCAGCCGGGACCUGCCGCUGGGGAACCCGAGUGCCUUCCGGAUGGGACCGAGGCAGCGGGGGCUGGACCUGUUGGAAAGGAAGACAUUCCUGAUCUUGAAUGCAGGAAGCAAGAUGCUGAGAAUUCUCCUUCUCCAGACUCCACGGUCCCAGAGGCCCCUCCUCUGUCGCCUUCCCUGCCUGUCCCCACAGCUCCAGCCCACUCCAGGAAAGAGCUGCUCUCUCCUUCUCCUCCAGCAGAGCACCCGAAACUACCCCGCUCGGUGCCGACCCCACUUGUUAUCGCCCAGAAAAUUUCCGAGAAGUUGGCAGGAAAUGAAGCGCUUUCGCCCACAUCCCCCUCGAAGGAGGGCAGGGCUGCAGAAUGGAGGACACUGGCUUCUGGAGCCCCUCGAAAUGGAGACCCCUUGCUGUGGCACAGACAGAUGACACAGCCUGCACCCAAGAUCCACCGCUUCCCGAGCAACAUCAGCGUGACCAACAGCUCGGGGAAGGAGUUCAACAAGACCAUCUCCAAAGCGGCCGUCAACGUGCAGGAGCGGAAAGCCCAGGUCUUGGCCAACAUUAAUGGUGUCUCUUUCCUCACCAUGGGAGAGACGGAAGAUCGAGCCCCCAAGGGUGAUCUCACUGAGCAGAGGGGGACGCGUGACCAGAGCAAGCCAGGCCCCUUCCAGGAAGCCGUAUUCUUGCGGGCAGGAAGGCAGACCAGUGGUCAGCAGUCCAGAGGCGUGCAGACAGAACAGUCCCCACCAUUGGCCAAUGGCUUCCAGAGCAUCCACGAUGUCCUGAAGAGUGAGCCUGGCGCCUUUGUCUCUACUGGAAAAACUGUCACCUUCCGUCCGGACCCAGCUCUUCCCAGUAAACUUGCGCGCCAGAACGCCACCAAGAGCUUUUAUGAGCACCGGCAGCCGGACUGCAGCCAGGAUGCUAGGAAGCGGUCGGGUUCGCUCCCCAGGGCCGUGGGGUUCAGGCCCCAGGGCAUCACCGUGCAGUUCUCUGGCCGAGGCUCCACGGAGGAAGCCCGACGGGAGGCCCUGCGGAAGCUCGGCCUCCUGAAAGAGAACUUGUGAUGGAGAGUGGGCAGGGAGCUGGAGCAGGCAUGAUGGCCCGGUCUGUGUGGCCUGGAAUGGACGUGCUUACGUAAAGAGCAGCGGCAGCAGUCCCAGCUGCUGGGCCCUGCUGAGGACUAGAGAGGAGAGGCGCCAGGACUCAGCGGACAGUACCAGUGGCCCUGCUCCGAUCCUACAGCUGAGCAGGGAGGUCCUUCUGUAACAGAGGGUCCGGCCCAUAUCUUGUCUUCCUUUUUCCAGGAACUCAGAGAAUAACCUUGAAAACCUAUGGGUCUCUAUGAUUUGUAAAUGCCAUAUAUUUUUGGGGCUUAGGAGGAGGGGGAUGGGGUCUGAUGUGUUAUUCUUGUGUCUCUAAUUGAGCCUUUUAUCCCAAGGACAUGACAUGAAGCCGGUUUAGAUCUCUUAUACUCAAUUCUCUAAGAAAGGGAGUUUCCCCUCCUUUUCUAAGAAAAAUAAAAAAGAAAUGCUUGUUAAAUUUUCAGUGUCUUAAAAUACUUUUCCAGUUUUUUCGUUUGUUUUGAAGGGUAGAGGUCGGUAUGUUGGCCCUAGAUGUGCCUUUGUUUCUUGAUAUAACUUGGUUUGCCCAGUUUUUCUUUUUUUUUUUUGAAAAUUGAAGUAAAACCUUUAGAGUAUGAUUUACUGUAAUUUUGAGUUAUGGGAGUAGAAUAGAAAGGUUGAGUUUGGAAAAGGUGGUAAUUUUAAGAAAGCAAGUCUCGUGAGACUGCAGGGUCCGUGUUACUGGGAGGUGUGUGUAUGAGCGUGUAUUGUGUAUAUACGUGUACAUAAUAUAUGUUAACAUAUACAUAUGUGGGUAUUGCAUGUGUGCGCACACAUUUGUAUUACAUAUAUGUAAACUUAAAACCCUAUUAAGUCAUACAGGAUGCAAGCACUUCCUGUUCUCUUAAUUGACACAGCCAUCUCAGCAUUGUGAGGGAUGACACAGAAAUGGUUACUUCCUAACAUGGAAAUCCUUUAAGGACACAUCUCCAUAAUAUUUCAGUGAACCAAAGUGCUUUUUCCUCAACAAUGUGUUGUUCUGUUCCCAAUUAAAGUAAUAUUCCAAAUAAGCUUCCAUAUGCAAGAUAGUUCCUUUUUUAGUAAAGAACAUUUUUAAAGAUUUAAUUUAUCACCUAACUUUAAUUUAUCACCUAAUUUUAGUUUUGCAUGUUCCAAGGUAGCUGGUAAACAGAAGGAAACAGAAGAUUCUUAAGAUCCCCUGUGUUCCGUGGGCAAGAUCUCAGGAUUAAUUUAAAAGGGAAAAAAAACAGCGAACUAGGUUACGCAGCAUGAAAAGAACUGGUUUUCUCCCAGACUGUGACUUACAUGCUGAGUUGUAGCCACAGCAUUAUUAUCAAAACUCUUUAAGGCUGGAGUCUUAAACCUCUAAAAAUAGACUGGGAGGGGCCACACUUGAAGUCAGGCCCUUUUGUUAUUAUGUCUCAGAAUCUGUUUCUUUCCUGUUGAGUAUUAUUUAAAUUCAGGCUUUUAAAUGUGCUGUGAAGGACGUUUUUCAUAGUAUUCAAUUUGCCUUGUAAGUUACAUAAAAUGAUUGUAAUUUUUUCCUUAGAACUACAGUAUUUAGUGUCUCUUCCAGCCCUGUCCUCCUGAAAUAAUCUUGUAGAUUCUUGAUGGUCUUAAUUUAAAUAGGUGCUUUGAUUUUAGAAGUUUUUAAAAUAGUUUUUAUUUGACUCCUGUUUAUGUUGGGUUUGUUUAAAGGAUUCUUGAGAGAUGUAUUACCUUUUUACAGAGUAAGAUGCCAUACACAGUGUUUAAAAAUAGAGGGUCUUGAUAUGGCUAACAUCUAAAAUAUCCUUUAUAUAUGAGGAUUCUUUCUUUUUAUCUUAUCCUAUGACUUCAUUAUGAUUAAGGUGAACUUGACUAUAUAUUAGCAUAUUUGUUCUCGUAAUGACAUUUUUGAAAAAUAAAUUUAGAGAUUUAUCUUAAGUAUAAACAACUUUGUUUUUGCAUUUAUACUUCUCAAUUAUUUUCUUUUAAAUGGUUAUAUCCUUCUGUUUAUUCAUAAUUUCUUCUACCUGUUUAUUCAUAAGUAUACUGCCUGUUACUGUGGUCAUUUCUUAUGCCCAAAACCUUAGUGAUUAAAGCCAUAUGUUUUGUACGAGGUUCAAAUCAUAGCCACUACGGAACUAACCUGUAUGUGUCCGUGUCAUGUUAACACAAACACCCAGUUUGCUGAGGGGUGUUAUUGCUGUAACUAUAUGCUUCGACAUUCUUAAAGGGUCAUCUUCAAGGGAAUUUUAAGGACCAUAUUUCAAAGCAAAAUUGUAAUGAAAAGGAAAGAUGGAAAGUGCCCAGUUUUUUUUUUUUUUCUUUUCAAGUGAUACUUGUAACUCAGUCUCCAUGUUUAUGAAACUCUAUCUGAAUACUUAAUAUCAGGGGGGAAAAUUUCUCCUUUGCUUUCAGGAAAGUGUGUACAAAUGGCCAAAGUAGAGUUGCAUCUCCAAGUGGUAACACCCAGCCAUUAGCAGGGUAACCGUGUCUGUUCCGGUCUCUCUCCCACCCUCUCCUCCAGCGUGCGCACUUAUCUUCACAACGCUGGGAGAAAUUCUGAUCUUUGCUGUUCUCUCGCUGGCUCACGUUCUCCCCUGAUAAGGCUUGUGGAGGAGAAAAGGCACGCACAGGCAGGGUGGCCGUCUGAUGCCUCUGAGUCUCAAGAUGCACACAGCAGAGGGCUCGGCCUGAGCUGCAUCCUUGCCCUUUUUUCUCCUCUCACUGCACAACCUGACCUGACAGAGAAUGCGUCUUCACUCAGAAUUCCUGAUGGGGAGCUCCCAGUGUAGGCUCCCCAUCUGAAACGAGCUUUCAGGAAGAGCUCAGUGGAGUCGAUAAGUGAGGCCUCAUGGAACCCUUAGGACUGACCCUUUUAUUUAUAAAAAAUCAGAAAUGUAUUCUCUUUAUUAAAUUCCCACAGUGUUGGCUAUGCGGAAUUUGACCCUUCGGAGGAUUGGUGGUGAUGUUUUUUAUACAGGUGAUCUAAGAAAUCAGUUCUUUGUGUUUAUGCAAGAGAAAUAAGAUAAGUAUGAAACAAUUUACUCUGUUUUCCUAAUGGAGGUGCAGAAGGAGGCAUUGUUUCUCUCCGAGUGUAUUUUAUCACCCCGACAAGACAAGUUUUAAUAAACUUUUUUCCCUAAACUGCUCCCUUGGCUUUUUAAACGUUUGUCAUCAAAUCACUGUGUCCCUGCGGGAGCAGAGCCCUGUCCUGUGUUUUCCUCCCUGCCCCCGCCUGGGAGCCUG